CACAAAAUCCCCGAUAGCAUGCACGACUGCCACGAUACAUUGACAUAGCGCGACAGUAUCCGUCGAAAUGCCGCGCGUCACGCGAAAGAGGGCAGCUCAGACAGCGCCUGAGCCUGAACCCGAGAUUGAGGAGGAGCAGGUCGAGGAAGCGGAAGCGGAAGAAUCGCAUGAUGCUCAGCCCCCAGGGCAGCAAGGGAACGACGAGAUGGAUGUCGAGGAAGAUGUAGAAGAAGGAGACGAAGAAGACAGUGAAAGAGAAGGUCGCGCGUCGCUCGAGAACGACGCUCCGCUGACGUGGAAGGCCGGCAGGCCCAUCGCGGUUGCGACCCUGCUACAACGGCUAAAGGCAUUGGCAGCGGAGCUGCAGUCACUGGCGCAGCACGAGGUUAUUCGCGCCGCCCUGGUGCCCAAGGCCAAGGAGUUGGCAAGCCCGCUCUUGCUCGGUCACAAGGACUACGGCAUCAAGAUCUAUACCGUGCGGUGCGUGGUGGAAAUGUUUAGGCUUUUCGCACCACACCAACCCUACAAACCCAGCCAGCUGAAGGAGAUCUUCAACUUCGUCGUAUCGACAGUGAUACCCGGACUCUCAAACCCCGCUCAUACGUACAACACCGAACACGAGGAUAUCAUCAAGUCCCUGGCGGAAAUUCAGAGCAUCGUCCUGCUCCCGGAUCUGCCAGGAAGUGAUCAGUUGCAAACACAACUAUUCAGCAACUGCUUCGAUGUGCUUGCAGGCAAUGUGUCUGAUGGAGACAAAGAGCUUUUGUCGAUGAAUGUGGAGUAUAUGUUCACAAGCCUGCUCUGCACGCUCGUAUUCGAAGCAGACGCAGUUCACCACGAAAUCGUGGAGGUCAUACUCGCCCAGUUCCUCAGGGCCGACCCUAAAGCCACGAAGAAGAAGGGCGAGGCACGAUUUUCAGAGGUGCUCAGAGAUGUCUCCCCAGCAUACAGUUUGGCCCGAUCUAUAUGUAAUACUUGUCACGAGAAGAUGACUCGCCACAUUGGCGAGUAUUUCCAAGCAGUUCUGAUCGAUGCUAGCGAGGCACGACCUGACUCGAAGCCAGCAAAACCAAAGGCCAAGAGGAAAAUGCGGGAUGAUAGCGAUGACGAGUCUGAGUCUGGUCUCAUCGAACCAUCUGCAGAUGAACUCCAAGAGGCCGAGAAGGCACAUAGCCUGUUACGUGAAUUGUGGAGGUCGUGCCCAGCGGUAAUUCAAAACAUACUUCCGCAGGUUGAAAGCGAGCUGAGCACCGAGAACACGCCCUUGCGCAUCAUGGGUGUGGAGAGCGUAGGCGAUAUGAUUGCCGGCAUCGGUGCCGCAGGACCACCUCCACCCUCGACUCUCGACCCGGCAGCAUAUCCGUCGCAAAGCCUAUCUGACUAUCAGCUUCCUGCACAGCAGAACAUCGUCCUUAUUCCCGCCGCGCCUCAAGCAUUCUCGUCGACACAUCCCACGACAUAUCAGAGCUUCAUUGAUCGACACCGUGACAAGUCUGCCCAAGUGAGAGCGGUCUGGGCCACAGCCUGUGCUCGGAUCAUUCUCACGUCAGGGGGCGGGAAGGGCUUGGAUUCUGCGCAAGAGUCGCAAAUCUUACAGAUCCUUGCGGACUUGAUCACAGACAAUGAUAAAAGAGUUCGCUUCGCCGCCGUUGCCGCUGUAGCAACCUUCGACUUUCAGUCGAUUGUUCGAAAACUUGGCAGUCAUGGGGGCGCUGCGAAAGAAGGCUCCAUACUGUACCAACUGGCGUCUCGCAUCAAGGAUCCGGAGGAAAGCAUCUCCGCGACAGCGCUCGAGCUUCUUGGUAAGAUCUGGGGCGUAGCAUCGGGGGCUAUCAUAGAAGGCAAUGAGCGUAUCCGUGAGCUGUUGGGCCCCAUUCCAAGCAGCAUCUUCAACGCAAUGUACAUCAAUCAGCCGAAGCUGAACGCGCUCAUCGCCCGAACCAUUAUCGAGUCGUUGCUGCCACUUAGCUAUCCUCCCACAAAGGGUAAGGCCUUUGGAGAGAAGGAUUCGCAACGAGUGCCUGACUCCCAGAGCACACAGAGCAAAGGGCCCGAUCCGGAUCGUAUUCGAGCUGAGCGUAUACUAGCACUAGUACGAGACCUCGAUGCCAAGGCCAAAGCCGCCUUCUUCGGUCUGCAAGGUCACCAAGUGUCGCGUGCAAAAUACGUGUCGCUCGCGCUUGCUUUGACCGAGAAGCUUGAAGGCGUUGCGAAGGGCGACACAGCAGAGGCUAAGAACCUUCAAAAGAUUAUUGCAGUUCUCGCGGACAGAUUUCCAGACAAGGUUACGGCUGUGAAGCACUUGACCACGUUCUUUGGCUUUCAUGACCGUCGAAACUUUGCGCUCACUAGGUUCGCAAUCGCAGCCGAUAGUGACUUCAAGAAGAGUCGCAAUGCACUGAUUGAAUUGCUCAAGCGUUUGAGUGGAGCAGCAAGCAACAUUGCCAGCUCGAUAGACACUGUGAGGCCGCUUUUGUUCUCAGCUGCAGUACUGGUCUACAAUCGAAGCCAUGUUCCUGCAAUCGUGACCAUUUCUCGUACCGAUGAAAAUGGUUUGGGUAGUGCGGCACACGACGUGUUGAAGGAAAUUUCGACACACGCACCACUGGUAUUCGAAGUUCAUAUCAAAGAACUGUGUGAGACACUCAAGAAGCAGGCACCUUCUGCUUCGUCGUCGAACGACCCCACUACUGAGGACACCCUCAAGGCGUGUGCUGGAUUUGCUCGACAAUUUCCAGAGAAGAUGCCGAAAGAUCGCGAGUUCUACCAGGCGAUGGCCAAAUUCGCCAAAUUCGGCUCCCCGCCAACAGUUGCGAAGCAUGCGGUGACUGUCAUAGUGGCCGCUGCAGAAAAGAAAGACAUGUAUGUCAGCGACAUCUUGAAGUAUUGCCUGACCAAUUUCGAUGUCAGCGAAGAGAGAGCAGCAACGAGAUUGGCAUCGAUCAGCCAACUGCUUCUACUGGCUCAUGUUCAAACCGAGGACCACGCAGAUGCUAUACACGAAAUCCUUACUGGGGCACUUGUCAACAGAAGCUCAGCUGAAGCAACAGACGCCACAUGGACGGACGAGGUCGACGGCGAGCUGCGAGUUAAGCUCUGGGCGCUGAAAGGUGUCGUAAACAACAUCAGAGGUCAACUAUCCGAUGCAGACACCACACGCCUGGACAAAGACUUAGAGGCUGCCAUCAUUAGGACGUUCAAAGUCCUCAAUACCAUCAUUCAUCGUGAAGGCGAAUUGGCCGGGGAGCCUACGCCGGAACAUCAUAAAGCACACAUGCGCCUCGCCGCUGCGAAGCUGAUACUGAAGCUCUGCUGCGACAAACCCGUCAACAAGCUCUUCGCUGCUCGGGACUUCAAUCGACUUACAACCGUUGCGCAGGAUGUACUGAUGCAGGUUCGAAGUGGGUUCGUCGCCAAGCUCAAAAAGUAUACUGGUCAGCAGAAGCAGCUCCACCACCGCUUCUUCAGCUUGAUGUUUCUAUACGCUUUCGAGCCGAUCAAGGCUUUGAGAGAGUCGACUGCUACACACCUGAAAGCUCGUGCUGCUUUCUAUGCAAAGGCUGGAGUGCCCAUGAUGGAAAACGUCUUCCCAUACUUCCUGAGCCUGCUGGCACACCACCAAGAUUUCUCGCCCUCUAUGAAGGAUCUUCCAGACUUCAUUGAGUACAUUAUUUUCUACCUCAAGGCAGUGGGUAAUGAACAGAACCUGUCAGAUAUAUACGCAUAUGCUCAGCGUGCGAGAAGCUUCGAGGAUGCUAUCGAGCCCGACAAUAGCGAAAAUCUCUGGACUAUGGCAGAUCUGGCUGAGGCGAUCAUACGAGCAUACGAGCAGACCAAAGGCUGGUCCCUGCAACUGAAAUCUAGCAAGCCGUCUAUGCCUAGUAGUAUCUAUCGGCAUAUAAGCGAUCACCAGCGGGCAGAGGAAGUGUCUCAGAAGCGUUUCUUGCCCGAGGAGCUUGACGACACCAUUGAGCAAUUGGUGGGUGAUCGGCUCAGGCCGAAGAAGAAGCGAAAGCACACCGAAGGCGAGUCAAAGCGGCCUGUCAAGAAGGCUCGAGCUACCAACGGUGACGAGAAGUCGUUGGCUGUGCGCAAGAAGAAGGUUCCCAAAGAGCCAAAGCCCAAGCCCGCCAAGAGCGUCAAGAAGCGAGCAAGUGAUGCUGUGCCGUCUUCAGCGAUGCGGAAGAGUACUCGGGUCUCGAACGCACACAGUUAUGUAGACCCGAGCGACAGUGAACAAGUAGACGACGACGAUAUCAUCUGGCGGUACGAGGCAGAGGGCUCGGAUGAGGAGGCAGACAAGGAGAAUGUCGGAUCUUCGACACCGCCGACCAGCGAUCCCUUGGCGACGUCGAAGAGCCAGGAAGAAGUUGUUGAGGUGGCAGACGAGGACGAUGCUGAGAGUGAGGUCGUGGUUGAUGAGCCGGUUGCAAAGACGAACGGUACCAAGGAGCGAACGCCCCGCACGAAAAAGAAGACGCCCACGAGCAAAGCGGCGAAAUCCAAAGCAGCACCGCCAAAGAAAGCGGCGGCGGCAACGAAGCAACAGCCUGCGCGCGGGACCAGAGCAUCGACCAGAGGUGCGACGAAGCGAGAGAAGGACACAAUGGACAUAGCGAGUGAGAGCGAUGGGGAGCUCAGCGCAAUGGAGGCUUAGUGGUACACAAAAGCCGAGUACAGUACGUGUUUUCGAGGGAGGGAGUACAUGUAUGCACCACAGUCCCAUUCAUAAGGAGGUCCGGCGGUGUGCAACAAUCUUUUUUCAAAAAAGAGUAUAGAUACCCCAUCGAGUCGAUAUUGAAGUUACCUUACCUAGUAUUAUCGUAUUCUGGCUCGUGAGAUGGCGUAUAACAACAUAGAUGG